AUGGCUUCGCUCUUUUGUUCGUUUGUAACAUUUUCGAAAGAAAAAUGUAAUAUAUCUCCACGUUACCCAGAGGUUGCGGAAUAUUUUUCCUUGACCUCUUGUAAAAGAGACAUCCGGUCGCAUCUGAGGACAGUCAAAGUCUCACAGACUAGUAUCCUCACAGAAAAGGAUUUGAUUCUCGCUCGUACUGGUCAGUUUAAUGAAGAUGGUACCAACAUGACAAUAUGUCCGAGGCACCGAGCUGAACAUGGCACGUUUUGGCGACCGAGUAGAAAAUGUGCGCACCCUCUUCAUGGAAAUAGCAAGGGCAAGCCAGAGAGGGGAGCGUCACUGGACACGAGUAAAGAAAUCAUGGCAAAGUGGAACACGCUCGUUCCAGUCGGAGCAGGUAAGGGAGGAAAAUAUAGUUGUCUACCGCAUUUUAAAAUUUCAUAACGCCCCCUUGGUUCAAACAUAAAGUCGGGAUCCUAGUGAGGAGGGGAUGGGGGAAGGAAGUAAACGACAGAGUUUUACAGGGGAGGUCUGGAUGAUGAUUUAUAAAAAGAAACGGUUUGAACUUCUGGCUUAGCUUCCUAUGCAGACAAGUAAUCUUCCUUUCCUAACAACGGGGAGAAGGAAGAAUGUCUGCGUAGGAUACGCCCGAUAUCAAACCUGAAACCCCCUUAACUAGUCCACAGUAGAGUGCUACUCAGGUGUCGCUCGAUGGCAUCCAAGUUUGUGAAAUCUGAGAUCAGGAAUCACACCGAUGGGAUCAUGGAUCAAAGCCGAAAUCUAGGAUAAAACAGUUUUUUUAUCUGGUUCAGGAGUAGUCUCCAACUUGCAGACCUUGUUACGACGCCCCUAAAUUAUGGAAAUGAACAGAUGUGCAAUGUUGGUUGCUCUGGGUGAUAUAUGUUCGGCCCAAAAGGGUCUAUUACUCAAGGGAUGCAAUUAUUUCUCAAUAUCCCUAUAUCAGGGGGCUAUCUAAAACCACAAAGAGGGCAACGAACAAGGCUAUCUCUGACAAGAACCAUGGGAACUCAAAUCGUAACGCAAAUACAUUAAAAGGUGAAAACCAAGUCGUCAUAAGCAAAUGCAUUAUGAGAUAGCCACCGUGCAUUUUCCAAACUUCGCGUAUGUGGUAUUUACUUAGUGCUUGACUGUUUACAGGAAUUUGCAAACUUUGUAGACGUAAUCACCUUGCCGCUGUUGGUGUAGCAAACCCAGUUGAAGAUUCCUUCACAGUGCAAUGUGACGAGCCAGCUACAGCGCAAUCUGAUGAGCCAGCUGCAGCGCAAUCUGAAGAGCCAGCUACAACGCAAUCUGAAGAGCCAGCUGUAACGCAAUGUGAAGAGUUAACUACAGAGUUAGCCCCAGAACCUAUACCCGAGUUCCUCCCAUCACAACCACACGCAUCGAGCGAUUCUGAAAGUCAGCUAGAGGUAUGUUUCGUGUUGCUAUUUUGUCGAUAAGAGCUUAAAAAUACAAUCCAAAAGAGACCGGACUCUUGGCUUAAGCGCGAGCUCCAAAUCAAAAUGUUGAACACUUUUGUAUCUUAUCUUGGGGAAAUCUAUCGUUUUGGUAAAAAAUAGCUUUCUCGGCAACACUAAGACCCAUUUAGCAUCAUAACAGCCGAAAACUGAUUUAAGGGUUAAAAGCGGCAUUUUUGGGGAGAAAAUUUGGUAGUCAGAGUGUUAAAGUACUUCAUCUACUUCCGCAAUGAACAGUUACCCGAAGCACAUUCACUAAGGUACUACAAAUAAGAGCACUGACAUUCCGUUCUUAGUGUGCAGCUAGAGCCUAAUUAGUCUGGUUGUCAGAAAUUUCCAAGGGAAGCGAAACUCGUAAGCCAAUUUUAGUGAGUUUAAGGGCGCGAGCUGGGGUGUGGACACUAGCUAAAUGCCGGAAUCGUUAGGAAAAAAACGAAAAACAAAUAUAACCUCUGGUAGCUAUGAAGAUAUUCUACAACGAAGUGUAGUGUUCCUUUCUUUUUAAACGUAAGGUGGCCAUUUAUAAAAUAAGAAAAGAUCCGUCGCCAUUUUUAGAUUCAUAGUCUAAACUAACCGUAACCCUGAGGUUCUUAACAUUAGAGAAGAGUCACUGCUAAUAAGCUUUUCCAUGAAGAAUCAUUUUCCCCUUUGUCGGAGGAGGGCUUGAAGCAGUCUUUAUUUAGUAGUCUGACCGCUAACACUGUCUGUUGAAAUUUUUUUAAUUUCAGCUAGAAACCAAAUCCUGUAAGGGGUUGCCCUUGCAUAAAGGUGGAACCCUACUAAGUGAUGAUGGUUCAGACGUUUUUUCUUCUGGCUCUCAAGAAUCCUUAACGGCCGUCGAAACAUCGAUGGAAUGGCAGGCAACGCCACAGGUACAAAUGAAACUUCGUUCUCUCAACAAUUUUCUAAGACAAGCUGAUGGCAGGAUGAGCCCAGUACGAUCUCAGCUCAGCACAAACGCGGAAGGUGUCUCAUCAUCCACUACACGCUAUUACAAACGAAAAGGAAUGCAAGUUGUUGAGGCGAGUCUGGAUGCUAUAGCCCCGGGGCAGUCCAAAUGGCUUCUGCAGAAAGUGCUAGAGGCGUACAGCCAUUCCACC